UUGGCUGAAAAUCAAAUCCUAAAAUUUCAACAACUAUACCUACACAAGUUAUCAACCUGAGUGUGGCUGUCUACUCAUCAUCACUCUAGUUUCUCUACAAUUGUUACACAAACAUGAUAGUACUUGGAAACAAUUUAAAGGGAAGUGAAAAUAUAUCCAAUAGAGUCCGCUAUAUUUGGCAAAAAGGCAUGGCUGGCAGGCCGAGGUUCUACUUUUAGCAAGUGGUGACUAAAACAUAUGGGCUAUUUUUGCCGAGGUAGCCUCCAAUGGGAUUUUUCAGCUUCUGUUUCAGAAUUUGAUGGACCUUCUGCAACUUUAUUUAUCAGUACUACUCUCUUUUAAGAACCAAAAGGCCACUCUAUAUCAUCGUCAUACUUCUCUGGUCUCACUGAACCAGAAAGAAUCCAUGGACAGGAACAUUUUGAGCAACAGCUUGAAAGACCAUAGCAUUGGCAGCAGAGCCAGUAGCAGCAACAACAACAUACAAAACAAUAACAACAAGCUUAAAUUUUCAUGGAACUAUAACAGCCAGAGCUGCGGAGAAGAUUGUCUUAGUGGGUUUUCAUGGCCCCCAAGAUCUUACACUUGUAGCUUCUGCAAAAGGGAAUUCAGAUCUGCUCAGGCUCUUGGCGGCCACAUGAAUGUUCAUCGGAGAGACAGAGCCAGGUUGAGACAGUCGCCUCCUAGGGAUGGUCCUAUUCUGAACCUUAACGUUAACCCUAACCCUAAUCCUGGUUUAUCUCCUCCAUUCACUUGCACAUUACUUUCCUCGGCUGCUGCUACUCCCACUCCACCUCUUUCUGUAUUAUCGUCACCUUCUUUUGCUUCUUCUAUCGAAACCAAGAAAUGGGCUAUCGAUGAUAGCCCAUCUCAUGACCUAUUAAGUCCCAAAGGCUCGGGUUUAAAUGGUUUCAAGCGAGAAGAUGGGUGCAAGUUCUUGAAGAAAGCUGAGAUUUUAAGGUUAGAUUUGGAGAUUGGUCUUCUUAGUGGCUCCAAAGAGGAUUUGGACUUGGAACUUCGAUUGGGAUACUCUUAGAUGAAGUUUAUUACAGCAUUGUGGGCACCUGCUAACACGUAUGUACGUAUUUCUAAAGUUGGAAGCCUCUUUUUGAGCUGUUGCACCAAUUCGUGAUCGCUAUAAGCGGCAUUUAUGCUUAGAAAUCAGUUUAAUGUUGAAGACCAAUAUCUAUAGAUAACUAGGAAGUUCUUUUCAGAUUUUGGAUCCAAAGAUGUUCGCGAUCUAAUCUCUCUCGAACCCCCUUAUUUGGAUUACAUUUGGCAUGUAAUUUUCUGUUAUCCACUUUCCAUUGCCCAGCAUUAUACAUAUAUCAUCAUGUAUGUUUGUCUGAAUU